UCCUACGCAGUUGAUAGAGAUGGUGUUAUGGUGGAUGUUUCCACGUAGCAGUGGAGUGGAGUGUAGUGUAGUGUAGUGAAGAGUACAGCGCUGAGGGGGCGGAAUCUGUGUGCUGCGGACUGGAACGCGGAGAGAAAACUCACUGAAGUGCUGCUCACGGCGAGUUCAUGCUCAUAGAGCAGCUCGGACUUCAGUUAAACGGACUUCUUUGCUAGCUUGUCUAGCUAACAAGCUAAUGCUGUUGCUUACCCAGAGUGGUUAGUGAGAUAACUUGCACUCGGCCUAACUGUCAGCGAGCUUUAUUCCGGUCUCCGACAUGGAGUUUCACACCUCCGGCCCCGGUGCAGUGCUGCUGCCCGGGAACAACGUCCCGGCUUUCCUCACUAAACUGUGGACGCUAGUCGAUGACCCAGAGACCGAUCCCUUAAUCUGCUGGAGCCCAAACGGCAACAGCUUCCAUGUGUUUGACCAGGGCAGGUUCUCCAAAGAAGUGCUUCCUAAAUACUUCAAGCACAACAACAUGGCCAGCUUUGUUCGACAGCUCAAUAUGUAUGGUUUCCGGAAAGUGGUCCACAUUGAGCAGGGAGGUUUGGUGAAGCCUGAGAAAGACGAUACCGAGUUCCAGCAUCCCUACUUUCUCCGUGGACAGGAGCACUUGCUGGAGAACAUUAAGAGGAAGGUGACCACGGUGUCCAAUAUUAAGCACGAGGACCUGAAGCUGAGUCCAGAGGACGUGAGCAAAGUUAUCUCAGACGUGCAGCACAUGAAGGGAAAGCAGGAGUUGAUGGACACCAAAAUCAGCACCCUGAAACAUGAGAACGAAGCUUUGUGGAGAGAAGUGGCAAUGCUGAGGCAGAAACAUGCCCAGCAGCAGAAAGUUGUAAAUAAGCUCAUCCAGUUCCUCGUCACAUUGGCACGGUCCAACAGAGUUCUCGGAGUGAAGAGAAAGAUGCCUCUGAUGUUGAAUGACAGCAGCACAGCACACUCCAUUCCUAAAUACAGCAGGCAGUACUCUCUGGAGCCUUCACCUAAUCUUGCUUCCCCUGGAACAACUUUCUCAGGAUCAGGCAUCUUCUCCACUAAUGCACCAGUCAAGUCUGGCCCGAUCAUCUCUGACAUCACAGAUCUGGCCCAGUCUAGCCCCGCUAGUGCAGAUGAGUGGAUGGAGGAUAGGACAAGCCCGUUGGUGCAUGUAAAGGAAGAGCCGUUAAGCCCCACCUACAGUUCUGAGGUAGAAGAAGUGUGUCCUGUGGAGGUGGAGGUCGGUGCAGGGUCCACUUUACCUGCAGACACGCCCCUUUCCCCCACCACCUUUAUUAACUCCAUUCUGCAGGAGAGUGAACCAUCACCUGCCCCACCUCCACCCCAGAAAUGCUUAAGCGUGGCACGUUUGGACAAUUCCUCCCAGACGUCUGAGGUGCCCCACCCUUUUCCCAGCCUCUCCUCUUCGUCUUCUCACCUCAGAUCACAUCCAGGGAGUGAGCUGAAUGAGCACCUGGACAGCAUCGACAGCGGCUUGGAAAACCUGCAGGCGAUCUUCAACGUGCAGUCCAUCAACUUUGAUUCCUCACCACUCUUUGAUAUCUUCAGUUCAAACACUGGCGCUGACUUCGACUUGGACAGUUUGGCAACUAUUCAGGAGUUGCUGUCAGAACCUGUCAGAGACACCGAGUGUAGUGACAACAUUAAACCAGGAAAGCAGCUGGUUCAGUACACAGCUCAGCCAGUGGUGGUGACCGACCCCAUGAGCACCGAGAACACGGGCGCGGAUCUGCCCAGUCUGCUCGAGCUGGACGGAGACUCUUAUUUUAGCCCAGACCCUGCUGAUGAUCCUACCAUCUCGCUCCUGACCACUGACUUCCAAACUACAAUGUCUGGAGAUCCCAAGCUAUAGUAGAAAAAAAAAAAACAGCUUAUUAAAAGGAAUUUGUGUGUGUGUUUGGGGGUUUUUAAUUUUUAAUUUUUUUUCUGUCGUCUUUAUCAAUGUUAAAAUUACCAUUUUUCUUUCCUGGCCUGUCUGCUCCUUUAAAAUCAUAAUCCCCUGACAGCAACAGCACAGAUUCAGCAUGUCUGUAUUGGUCAUAAAAUCAGUGCGCCGCGCUCUCGUUUCAUUAUGUACCUCCGCAGCAGGCGAGGCAUUCAAGCCCUAAUCUGGAAUCCCCCAGAGAAGCUCAGCUCUGUCAUGACAGGGGCCGAGCAUACUAACCGAGGAGAUGCAUUUAUACGGACUGACUCAUUCAUUUCUAGCAAUCAGUUCAGGUCCGUAGAAUAUGAAUGAAUUGUGUACUAGAAAUGUAUUGAUAACACACAGAACUAUAUUGUAGUUAUAUGUAAAGAAAAAGCAUCUUAUACGUACACGAGUGCUUUGCUUGGUCAGAUCUUUCCACACAUUCGCCAGCAGCAGUGGGUCCUGAGUGGGGCUUUAACUAACCUGUAUAACAGAACAUAUAUUCUACAGAUAAUCUCAGAUCAAGUAGUGUGUGUGUGCGUGUGCGUGUGUGUGUGUGUGUGUGUGUGUGUCUUCAUUGAGCAUGCAGAGUGUGUUUAUUUUUAUUGGAUUUGGUUGAGACUGUUUAUUCCUCAGAGCACGAAUGAGACGAGUGUAAAUAAGGGCGGAGGUGAGGGAGAAGAAAGCGAGCUCAAAUUUCUCACCAUUGGAAAGUCUACUGUUUUUAUAGCUGAAAUUGCAGCUUUGUUCAUGGGUCAUGACCUCAGGCUCAAGUGUCUACUUUGUUUAUUUUCAGUUUAUAAAGAUGUGCAAUGUUGUAGCACAUAGGCUUUUCUGGUUCUUUGUUUUGUUUUUUAGCCACUGAUGCACAAGUUCAGUCUAACCAGAGGAUUAAUGCAGCAAUGUCACUGUGUGAUUUUUAUAUAUAUAUUCAAAAUAUAUAAAUACUCAAAAUAUAUAAAUACAGGUCCAAGACUACAUGUUAGAGCUCAGUGAAGAGUUCGCGUUAAUAGACGGAUAGUUGGUCGAGUCCCACAUCAUUACCUGCUAGCUUCAAAUUCAGAGUGUGUAAAGUGCAUAAUUUUAUUACGUGUCUUUAAAAAAAAAAAAUUUCUUUAAAGGAAUAUAACAUUUUACAUUUGUGCUAUGAUAACACAGCUACAGGACAUCAGUAACUGUGGUUUAGGUUGAGCAUACAUGUUUAAGCUGAUUAUAUACAUUAACGUGAAUGUAGUUAAUUAUUGAUGUGUUGUUAAUUACUGGCUGGGCUUCUUCUUCUAAUAGCAGUACUCUAACCACGACUCUGAUAUAACAAGACAAUUCUACACGAUCGAAGUAAGUCAGGAUCGGAAACGUGUUUUUUUUUUUUUUUUUUUUUUUGUGGUGGGAGGGGGGUUCGUAUACAUCGCCCCCUGGUGGCUCUGAUCGGUCCAUCAUUGCUCUCUGCUUUUCAAAAAUGUGGUGUGAAGCCAACAGGUAUAUAUAAUAUUAUAUUAUUGCUCAUACAAUAGUACAAUCGUCUGGCUCAAUUUAGUUAUUAGAUAUCUAUAAUAGAGACACGGCUAAAUUAUUUUCUUACGCAUGUGAACAAUACUUUGUGUAAGUUUCCAAUAAAAAUGUUUUGAAAGUA